CGGAACUUGAGAGAACAAGACGAGUUCUGUGCACAAUUUUUCAGCGGCCCCUUUAAUCGCUGGUUACAAUGACGUUGUUCCAGUUCCUGGAAGGAUUUCUUAUUACAUUCGUUGUUUUCUCGGCGUGUAAAGGCGACACUUACGAGCAAAAUUAUGAAAGCCUCUUUGCAGAUUCCGAGAGUACGAGUUCACCCUGUGCAUAUCUCGACCGGGCAGCACCAUUUGAGGACCUCCUUCUUAAUGCAACCAAUAACCGGAUACCCCAACAAGAACUCCUUGAAAUGAGAAUGGCGAGUCGUGUGUGCUUGCCAGAGCCGUGUGCCCACUUGAAAGCGUACUCUGGUUUUAUUCCUGUCGAUGAAGACCGGUCUUCGUAUUUGUUCUUCUUGCUCAUCAAAGCCACGCAAGAACCACGGACAAAACCUUUAUUGCUGUGGUUGCAAGGUGGACCAGGAAAAUCGUCGCUCUUCGGCCAGUUCCUUGAGAAUGGACCGCUCGGUAUCAACGCCUCCGGAGCACUUUAUUACCGGCAUCACACACUGGUCAAGCAGUUUCACGUCAUCUAUUUGGAUCAGCCAGUGGGAUCGGGGUUCAGCUUCGACAAGCGUGGAGUGUACCCCAGAACACUUGAUCAGGCGUCUGCACACGUCAUGAGAUUCUUGAGACGCUUUCUGAGGCUUUUCCCCGAAUACCAUGAACGAAGUUUCUACAUCGCUGGGGAGUCUUACGGAGCCCGAUCAGCUAUUGGAGUAGCGGAAAAGAUAAUGACACGGUACCCUUGGGAGCUUCCACUGCACCUGGAAGGAGUUAUGCUUGGCGUUGGCUUCCUUUUCCCGCUAUUAGAAUUAAUCAACUCAACUGAUUACCUUUAUUACACCGGUAUGCUUGACGACCACGGUCGUCAGUCGUUCGCGCAGCGAUUCAAUGAGAUUCAAAUCCUCGUUAAUGAAGGAAAAAUCCCAAUGGCCGCAGGACUACUCAGCCAAACGGUUCUCAAUUUGCGCAGCGGCAAAGAUCAAAGUUUAUACGAAAAAUUGACCGGUUUCAAGCACCACGGUAGUGUGGUAAGAGCCCAACGGCCAGCAGAAGUUGCGGCGUACAUGUCCUGCGCUAAUAGCGAAGAAUUCAAGAAUAGGAUUCACGUGGACCCUUCUAGAACUCUAGACGGUACGCGCAUGAAGAUAGCUAUGAAUCUGGCCGUCGGAGACUUUUUUGAGAACCACACGGAAACAUUAUUGGCCGUUAUCAACAACAGACACACGCUUUUGUACACAGCCCAGCUGGACGCUGUGUUUCCGGCUGUAAACAUCGAAAGAUGCUUUGAAAACCUCGAAUGGCGAGGUCAGAGCCAGUUUAAUAAGGCUAAACGUCGUCUCUGGUACCGAAACGACAAUUCUUCGCUCGAGCUCCUAGGUUAUGAGAAAAGGGCGGGCGCACUAACCUUCAGCACGGUGCUCUUCGGCGGCCAUUACGUGUCCUUCGAUCGAUCAUCGGCAAUAAGUGAUUUGUACAAGCGAUUUUUAGAGUCAAGAGCAGCAGGCCCUCCCAGUGAAACCGAGCAAACAUAGCAGUCUCCGUCAGAUGUUGUUUUCAUGUGCGUUGAAAGGCUUCUACGCUUUACGUCAUAAAUUGUUUAGCACUUAUGGCGAUGGGAUUUAAAUCUAUGUUCAUCUUGGUACAGUUCCAAUAAACUUUAUUUUGUUCGUGUGA